AGUCCAGUGAGGAUGGUUUCUGCUCAGACCUGAGGGUCUUACUCCGCCAGUUGCCAGAUGUCCACUACAGCCUCCUACAGUACCUCUGUCUCUUCCUCACCCAGGUGGACCAGCGCCACAGGGAGAACCUCAUGACCGCUCUCAAUCUGGCAACUGUCUUCGGCCCCAAUGUCUUCCAUGUGUCCUCUGGGUUCGAUGGGAUCCAGGAGCAGAACAUCUGUAAUAAGAUCAUGGCAAAGCUGAUCCAGAACUACAGCAGCAUAUUCAACAACAACCACCAAGAUGACGACCAUAAAGAAGAGCACUGUGUCUUCAAUAGAGAUGGAGACAGAGGAGAAUACAUACAGGAAUCUCCACCCUCUAACAUCAUCAUUGUUAAAGAGGCCAAGGAGACCCCGGUGAAUAGGACAGAUACUGAGUCACCGAAAACCCUCGGAACCACACCAAUCACUCCCACACACACUCAAAAGACACCAAAAAAGACAGCUAUUCCAGUUCCCAGAAAGAAAAAGGCUGCAUCCAGCAGUCCACCAGAUGACACGAAGUCAUCAAAAGAACUAUCCAAUGACAAUCCAAUCAUAACUCCAAGGAAACAGAAGGUGAGGAAAGUAAAGCACGAGACGGCGACAGUGCUCCGAGCCGUGCCCCUUCCCAGUCUCUCUCCUGGCCUACCCUAUGUGAGGCCCCUGGUCCUACCCGUUCCCCUGGCUCCGGAGGUGAGGAGCCCCAGACCUGAGAGAAUGGAGCUGACCCCACAGGAACCUCAGGGACCAGCCACGGACGCCUGGGACGUCAGCGCGGUCAAGACCACGGAGGUCCUGAACAGCUCCCAAGAGGAAGACAGCAGACCCAUAUCUCCUUUCUACAUAAGGUAGGUCCUGGUCUUGUUUUUGUCCUGAGAAAAGAGGUCGACAGGAUGUUAUUAUGGAGAUGUGGGGUCAUGGGGCCUAUCCGCUGCAUUUCAUGCCAU